UUCUGGAACGCAUUGCUUGACGCAGAUGUGCACCUUCCUCGCGUGAUAUCACCCUAUACAGCACUUACUAAUUCUUUCCUGCAUUAUCUUGGAGCUUAUCAUGGAUUGAAGGUGUUACAUCUGUCUCUGGGUGCACCCGGAAAUGACCAAACCGAUACACGAUUAUUUCUCCGUCGCAUCAUCCCAGCACACUCGUCGAGUUUAACAAGUAUCCUGGUUCAACCUGAAUAUGCAGGAUCCUGGUGUUUCGAUAUUCCCAUGCUCAAAGCUCUAUUACUCUGCACCAAUCUUGAGCACAUUGGAAUCAGUGUCGAU